AUGGACCCCCCCAAGAACGACGGCAGUGUUGAUGACAAUAACGGCGUCGAUUAUGUUGUCCACUACAAAAUUCCGGCCAAAGGUACGGUCCUCGCUGCAAUCGAGUCGACCCCAUCCGCUUUUAUCCUGGCUAAUGUCCCAGUAGAAAAGUCCGAAGCUGAAGCUGGCUACAUCGAGCUCAUCAAGGCCUUGACCACUGUCGGCCUCGCCAGUGAGGUGCGACGCGCCACCAAAGACUCGCUCUACGUCUUUGUCAAGAUUGCUUCGACCGAAUUGCUUCAGAACCAAAUUUACAGAUCCAGGCUGCAGGACUGGCUACACGGCGUGCGAUCCGCCAGCCCCAACCAGGAUGUCGCCAAGACACUCGAAAACGAACCCGUGACCGAGGCCGAACGCCUCCGACUCGUGUACCUCAUGAUGAUAAAGCCAGAGAAUGAGGGCGGCGCCGGAAUCACAGAGAAUGCGGGGAAAUGGAAGUACGUCGAUGCCAUUUUCCCGCUCCAGAACCGCGCGUUCAACAAGGCGUGGAUUUCCAACUGGAGCGGCAAAUGGCUUCUUGAAGAGUCCGAGAUCCACGAUAUUCGCGAGAAAUUUGGCGAGAACAUCACCAUGUACUUUGUCUUCUUGCGAUCCUAUUUGCGCUUUCUGGUCAUCCCGUCGGCAAUUGGCUUCAGCGCUUGGCUGUGUCUGGGCCAAUUCUCCAUGAUUUACGCUAUUGCUACCUGUCUCUGGUCCGUCGUUUUCUUUGACUACUGGAAGAAGAAGGAGCUCGAUCUUGCUGUCCAAUGGGGUGUUCGACGCGUCUCGGAAAUUCAGCAGCCGCGUCCUGAAUUCCAGUGGGAAUACGAAAAAGAAGACCCCAUCACUGGCGAGGCGCUGCGUGUCUAUCCUCCCAUGAAGCGACUCCAGACGCAGAUUCUCCAAGUACCCUUCGCACUCGCAUGCGUCAUUGCACUUGGUACUCUCUCCCUCACGGCCAUUUCUCUCGAAAUAUUCAUCAACGAGGUCUACAACGGCCCUGGAAAACAAUACCUCACCUUUGUUCCGACUGUUAUUCUGGUCGUCUGCACACCCAUCAUUUCCACUGUUUUGAUGUCCGCAGCCAAAGCAUUGACGGAUCGCGAAAAUUAUGCUACCGUCGACGCAUAUCGUGCAGCUCUGAUUCAGAAGCAGUUUGUCCUCAACUUUAUGACGUCGUACAUGCCUCUGCUCUUCACCACGUUCGUAUAUCUGCCAUUUGGUCAAGUUCUCAUUCCAGCACUUGACUUUUGGAGACGAACUGCGCAGGCAAUUACCUUUAGCAAAGCACCACUCGCCACGCGUGAAUUUCAAAUCAACCCUCAGCGUAUCUCGGCCCAAAUGUUUUACUUUACAGUCACGGCUCAAAUUGUCAACUUUGCCACUGAGCUGGUUGUUCCCUAUGUCAAACAGAGAGCGUUUGCGAAGGCCAAGGAGCUUCAGGCCAAGCGAGGCGAAGAAACUGUUCAGGACAACCCAGAAGAAGCCGAGUUUAUGAAGCGAGUCCGCAAUGAGUACGAAAUGGACGUCUACGAUGUUACGGAAGACUAUCGCGAGAUGGUAAUGCAAUUUGGCUACCUCAAUCUUUUCUCUGUUGCUUGGCCGCUGGCGCCAUGCUGCUUCUUGGUCAACAACUGGGUCGAACUUCGCUCUGAUGCUCUCAAGAUUGCCAUGAGCUGUCGUCGACCCGUCCCGUGGCGGGCUGAUUCUAUUGGCCCAUGGCUGCAAACUCUCGGUGUCCUGUCGUGGCUCGGUAGUGUCACGGGCUCCGCAAUUGUCUUUUUGUGCAGCAGAGACCGGAACGGCGACCGUGGCGGCGCCUCCAAUUUUACAGCAUGGGGACUCCUUCUCAGCAUUUUGCUCGUCGAGCACUUUUACUUCCUAGCGCAGAUUAUUGUCCGCACCGUCUUGGACAAGCUAGAGAGCCCUGGGCUGCAGAAGGAACGCAAAGAACGGUUCCAAAUGAAGCGUCGUCUGCUGCAAGACCACCUCGGCCAAGAUGUGGCUGAGCGAGCCGCGGCUCCUGGUAUUGAAACAUCUGAGAAGAUUACCCGAGCUGCUCUCGAGGAAGAGGCACGGCUUACUUCGAUUCGGGGCAAGAGCUCGCCAGCGGAAAUCUUUUGGCAGCGCCAGCAUGGCAUGCAAGAGACUAUUGAUGUUGGCCGCACGUUCAUUACGCAGAUGGAUACCAAAAACGGCAAUCCAGCCAGCGCCGCGCAUCCGAGUCCCAAGGCAUGA